AUGCUUCUUUUGGGCCACUGGAAUGCUUGUCUCCAAUUCUUCAUUCCAAUGCUUAAUGAGUUUCCUGUCGACAGUUGGGACGCUGGAUGGUUCGAACAGUAUACUUGGGCACUUUUCAAGGCCAUGUCUCAUAUGCUCUCCAUUGGUUACGGCCGAUUUCCUCCAACGAGUUCAAGUGAAGCGUGGAUCACAAUUAUCAGUAUGAUGACCGGCUCCACUUGCUACGCCCUCUUUGUGGGUCAUGCGGCAGCUCUCAUCCAAUCUUUCGAUUGCUCAAAGAAGUUAUAUCGUGAAAAGUUUAAACAAGUGGAAGAAUACAUGGCUUAUCGAAAGCUCCCUCGUGUACUUCGCCAAAAGAUUGCCAAUUACUACGAGCACCGUUAUCAGGGUAAAAUGUUCAAUGAAAGGAUCAUCUUAGAUGAGCUCUCAGAGUGCCUUCGAGAACAAAUUAUAAACCAUAACUGCAGGGCGCUGGUCGCUGCUGUUCCAUUUUUCACUUAUGCUGAUCGUCACUUUGUUUCUGAAGUAUUGAUGAGACUCAAAUAUGAGGUGUUUCAACCUGGAGAUUGGAUCAUCAAGGAGGGUCAAAUGGGUGCAAAAAUGUACUUCAUACAAGAAGGAAUCGUGGAUAUUGUGGACACUGACGGUCGAGUUGCUACCAGUCUUUCCGAUGGAUCUUACUUUGGAGUUCAGCUUUUACGUAUUGUCAAACAAACUCUUCUUAGUUAG